AUGAAGGGGCAGAAAGUAACCAAGUCGUCAAAGUUCACUCAAGUGGGCCCAAACGACUAUCACAACGUCGCGGGCCUGACGGUGCUGCCAGCUAGCGCCUCCAUCUCGCCAUCUGACGACAGCGCUCGGAGUGAAGGCCGAUCGGUGCACUACGCGCCUCAGCACUGUCAUGGCAUCAUGGACAAUAGCUCCGAAAUGCUGUUGCAGGGGAGUUACGAGGUGUACAAGACGCAGGAGAGCAUGCAUGAGAUACAAAGGUUCAGUCCAGAAGCGAAUGCAAAUCAACAAAGACCUCCAUCUCACCAACAAGCAUCUCAUCAGCAAGACAUCGAGUUAUGUAAUUGCAUAGUACCGAUUUACCCUCUGAAAACAAGGUUUGCUAGCGACUGCAAGCAACAGACUGAACUCAAUAGAUCUUAUGCAUCACUGCCUAAGCUCAUGGAUGUGAACCAGGUAAGUUGA